AUGACGAAAAUCUUCAAACCUCUAUUCGGUCGCACAGUGGAAGUAUAUAUUGAUGAUAUAGUGGUUAAGAGCAAAACCCGAGAGGAACAUGCCCUCCACUUGCAAGAGGUCUUUCACCUCUUAAGGAAGUAUGACAUGAAAUUAAAUCCGUUCAAAUGCGCUUUUGGCGUGAGUGCUGGCAAAUUCCCGGGAUUUAUGGUCAGCCAAAGAGGGAUAGAGGUUAGCCCGGAUCAGGUUAAGACAGUCAUGGAGACACCACCCUCCAGGAGCAAAAAAGAGUUACAACGCCUCACAGGCAAGCUCGUCGCGAUAAGACGCUUUAUAGCCCACUUCAUUGAUGAACUACGACCCUUCUUCUUAGCAAUACGAAAAGUCGGAGCGAGCGAAUGGACGGACAGCUGCCAGAGCGCUUUCGAAAAAAUUAAAUACUGCCUCAUGCAACCGCCCAUUCUAAGUAGCCCUCUCCCCGGAGAAAAAUUGUAUAUGUAUCUGGCUGUGUCAGAGUGGGCAAUUAGCGUUGUUCUAUUCCGCUGCCCUUCACGCAAGGAGCAAAAACCUAUUUACUACGUUAGCAGAGCAUUGGCGGACGUAGAAACAAGGUAUUCAAAGAUGGAGCUAACGGCUUUGGCCAUUCGAAGUGCCGCCCAGAAGCUUUGCCCUUACUUCCAAGCCCACCCGGUGGUCGUGCUGACCGACCAGCCCUUUUGCAACAUCCUACACAAGCCGGACCUGACCAGAAGAAUGCUUCAACGGGCCAUAGAGUUGAGCGAAUAUGGAAUCGAGUUCCAACCCAGGUUGUCCAUGAAAGGCCAGGUGAUGGCUGACUUCAUGUUGGAAUACUCCCGAAGACCUACCCAGCACAAGGAACCACACGGAGAGGGGUGGUGGACUUUGCGGGUUGAUGGAGCCUUCCGGUCAUCAGGAUCCGGAGUAGGACUCCUACUACAAUCCCCAACAGGAGAACAGCUGGAGCAAGCUAUCCGAUUGGGAUUCCCCGUCUCUAACAAUGAAGCCGAGUAUGAAGCCAUCCUAUCCGAGAUGGACCUCGCCCUGGCUCUUUCUAUCUCCAGGCUCCGGGUCUAUAGUGACUCCCAACUCGUGGUAAGACAAGUCCAGAAAGAAUACGAAGCUAAGGAUGAGUGCAUAGCUGCUUCCCUCCCCAUCAAAGAAGCCAUAUUAUUGCCUAUCCAUGUGCAAACCAACCCCUCCAUCGCGGAAGCCUCCACUUGCAAUACCAUCGAGGCAAACCAAGCAGACAGCCAAGACUGGACGGAAGCCAUCAUAGAAAAUCUCCGGACAGGUACUCUGCCCGAAGAACCCAAGCAGGCACACAAGACCCGGGUACAAGCCGCCCGUUUCACCCUGAUCGGGGGGCACCUAUAUAAGCGGUCCUUUACAGACCCCUAUCUCAGGUGCUUAAACCACUCAGAAGCCCUGUAUAUAUUGGCUGAGUUGCAUGAAGGGGUAUGUGGAAAUCAUUCCGGAGGUCAAUCUCUAGUGCACCGGGCCCACUCGCAAGGAUACUACUGGCCCACGAUGAAAAAAGAUGCAACAGCUUAUGUCAAAAAGUGUGACAAAUGUCAAAGGCAUGCCCCUAUACCGCAUGUGCCGUCGGAGACUUUAAAACCAAUUUCUGGCCCCUGGCCCUUCGCGUAG